AUGCAUACCUCUACAUUGCUCUUAGUCCUCUCUUCGCUUGGUGCUCAUGCAGUUCCUCUCCUCCGUCUUAGGGCAAAUGACACCCUCGCGCGCAGGGACGGUCAAUAUUCGGUUGUGAAUGUUGGCGGUCUACCUAGUGCCGAACCGACCCCCGUCGUCGAAACCAUUACUGUUGGCGCUCCUCCACAGCCCCCGGUGACAAUUACUAUCACCCACACUCCAUCGUCAUCCCCUUCCAGUACCCCUUCUCCCUCAUCAUGGAGCGUUGGGCCAUUGUCAACUGGCAUUCCCAGCGGAGGGUCCCCGAUCGUGGCUCGAGGACUGAACGCAACUGCUCGGAGAUUCCGGAGGUCUUCCUCUACCAACAGCACUGAGGUUCAUGAUCUUACUGCUCGUCAUAAUGGCACCGUGUCUCACCUUAACGCUCGAAGCAACAGUACUGCCAUCUUAACUGCCCGUGGAAACAGCACAGAGUCCAAGAUUGCCGCUAGGGGCAAUGGUACUGCUACAGGUCUGGGUGCUCGCAGCAACAUCGUCAACUCUCGUCUGGCAGUCCGUACCAAUAACACUGCGUCUGCUGUUGUCGCUCGCAGCAACAGUACCGAGGCCAACGCCAUCACUACGCGCAGCAACAGCACCAACUCCCGCAUCAGGGCUCGCAACUUGCACAUCACUGACCGUGCUGUUCUUUACCUCCGGGAUGCCCUCAACUCCACCCGCGUUCAUGACAGCAAUGCUGUGGUGAAGAGGAGCUCGAACGGCACAUUGCUUGAGGCUUAA